GUUGAUGACAGGGGACAUCAUGGCUCCUUUGCUGACGGGAUAAACCAGGAAACACCCCCAGCCCCAGCUGGAGUUCAUCUGGGAGGGGGCUGGGGGCUGCCUGCCUUUCCCUGGCCUCCCACACCCCCUCCCCAUCCCGGCUGUAAUGAGAACAAGCUGGUCCCGGGCUGCGACGCAGGGGGAGGAGGAGAAGGAGGAGGAGGAGAAGAGGGAGAAGGAGGAGGCUCCAUCCCAGCAGGCUGCAGAAAGGGGCUCGAGGUGUGUGGGACAGACCCCGUCUUCCCGGCUCCCUCCCGCCGGCUGCGGGCGAGGUCUCCUGCAGCGAUCCUGGCAAUGGGCUCAGCCAUGGGCACGUGGUUGCCGCUCUUGGUGCUGCUGGCGGCGGCCCCGGCACGGGCGGCAGCGCCCCGGCACCGCCCGGUGCUGCCGGACACCGCGGGCAGCGGGGACGGGGACGAGGCUUCGGCCACGCUGCCUGCCCAGCCCGUGACCCCCCGCAUCAGCCCCACGGUUGGGGAUGCGCUGGGCACCACGGUGACCAACAGCUCGGCGCCAGGUGUGCUGGACGGGCUGGUGGAUUUCUUCAAGGAGUACCUGCUGCUGGUGGUGGUGGUGAGCUCGCUGUCCUUCGUCCUCCUCUUCAUCAUCUGCGCCGCCGUCAUCGUCCGGCAGAAGCACAAGGCCUCUGCCUACUAUCCCUCCUCCUUUCCCAAGAAGAAAUACGUGGAUGAGCGGGACAAGUCGGGCGGGGCGCGGGCGUUCAGCGAGGUGCCCGAGAAAGCCGCCGAGGCCGGGGCGGAGGAGCCGCUGGACGGCGGCCGGCAGCUCCAGGCGGACAUCCUGGCUGCUGCCCAGAACCUCAAAUCCCCCACCAAGGCACCGCUGGCCAACGGGGCCCGGGGUGAGCAGAAUUCCCCUCAGGAGGAGGAGAAGGAGGAGGAGGAGGAAGGAAAGAAGUUGGAGGAUGAGCAACCCAAGGCCCCAGCCCAAAAUGCAGGUGUGGAGGAAGCGGCAAGCGCAGGAAGCAAGGAGACCCCUGAUGCAUCCCAGGAUGGCUCCCAGGCUCCCUCUGGGAUCUGAGCAGGGACACAGUCCCGGGCAAGCUGAGGAGCUGCUGGCUUGGGACACAUGAUGGACAUGGUGGAUCAGGCUCUGUACGUACGUGGUGGCUCAAGGAAGCCCUGAUGCAGAUCCCAUUGCCUCCCAUCUCCCCCGACCCUGGUGCUGAUGGGGGGAUUUGCCAGCUGGUGGUUUUCCCCAGCAUUGGAACGCUGUCAGCCCCAGCUCUUGCUGCCCAAGGGGCUUCUCCCACCCCAGGCAGUGGGUGGGUGCAUCCCCCCAGCUCCAGCUCUGCACCCUGUGCCACCAGCUUCCUCCCAAAUGUUAUUUUAAUCAGCAGCAGCAGCAGCCUGGUCCGUGCCAGGUGCCUGGCUGGGAGCUGUGUCCCUCUGGGAAAAGGAAUGGGACCAGGGCUGGGGGUCUGUAAGACAUGGGUGAGCUUUGCCCAUGGCCACCCAAGGGAAAGAGGGAUGAGGAUUUAGGGACAAGGACACUUUUCCUUCUUUUACCCCAGAGCCCAGCUGGAUUUUUGCCUCAUUUCCUGAACCCCUUCAGCUAGAAAUAAACGUUUCCUCCGCACAGCUCCUCUCCCGUGUGUCUCUGCAGCCGUGGGGUGGCCAGGGGACAAUCCCUGUGUCCCUGUGCUCUUCCAGGGGCACAGCUGGACUGGACUCCAUGGGCAGUGGAGCCUUGGGCAGGGUGUUAUCAGUCCCCUAUCAGCACGUCACGUGCUCUUCCAGGAAACCUUUAUCUUGUACCCACAGCUGUGGGGCCGAGGGGGGGCUGUGGGGACUCAGCCACAGCUCUGGGGUGCAGCUGCUGCACUGGGGACAGAGGGAAGCCUGGAAGGUGAGAGAGGCUGUUCUGCCUCAGAAGCAGCACAUCCCUGUACCCCUGUAACUCCUGUAUCCCUGUGUUUUAUCCUGUUAUAUCCCUGCCUCAGCACAACCUUCCCUUGGGAGGAGUGUGCCUCCACAAAGAGCUGAUUCUGCCCCAGAGCAGAUGUGCGUGUGUGAAGCUUCCCCAUUUUUUUUUUUUUAACUGGGAAAUAACAGGAUUGUUCCAUGAGAGAGAGGCACGUUCUGCACUGCUGGAGGGUGCCAGGAGCUGAGGAACCACAAGAGGGACCUUGUGAGUGACAGACGUGUGACCUCUGCGUUAAGAAUUACAAAUACUGUGCCCUAGAUGGAGCAGAAUGAGACAAUUAUUUUUUUUAAAUGUGGUUUUAAAUGCUUAACAACACCCUCAGUACGACAAAUGGGAAGUGAGGUGUUUUGUGGAGGGUUAGAAGGUAAAAAAGUGAAGUUUGCCAGUGUUGUCUGCUUGGUUUGGAAAUGCUUCCCUGGAAAAGAGGAACUCUGGGAGCUCCCCCUCAGCUCUGCAUUCCAGCUCUGCUAUUCCCCAUGGGGGUUCCAGUCUGAGGGUGUAUUUUAGAGAGAGUGGUUUUGAUUGGAAGGGACCUUAAAGCUCAUCCAGUUGCAAGCCCCUUCCUUGGGCAGGGACACCCUCUAGCCCAGGAUUUACAGCUGUAAGAGAGCACCUGGUGAGUGAAAAAGUGAAAUUCUUAGAGAAAACACCCCAAAAUUCAGGCUGUUCCUCAAGAGCUUCAAAAAUUAAGCAGUGACAGGAUGGGAGCAGAAGCCACCAGUGU